AUGAUUCCAAAUUACAUUUCUCAGCUGUUUCCAAAGACAUAUCGUCAUGCCAAUCAACAGGGAAGGAUGAUAACAACUGUGUUACAAUUCAAACCUGAUCCGUGGCAAAAGGAAGUCAUUGAACACAUCAACUACAAUAUUGAUGGUAAAGGAGAAAAAAAGAAAUCUCUCCUAGUCACCACACCUACUUCCAGUGGAAAGACAUUCAUCACCAUGUAUUUGAUUGAGAGAGUUCUAAAGAAUAGCAAGACCGACAAAGUCGUGUUUGUUGUGCCUACAAACGCGCUUUGUAACCAAAUUUAUGCUGAAGUGUUGAAUAAGUUUGAAAACGAGGAGGGAGAAGCUGACAUUGUUGGCGUUUUUACAGCAGACCAAAGAGUGAAUACAAGAAAUUGCAGAGUGCUUGUUACAAAUGCCGCCAUGUUAGAGAUUUUACUUCUCCAUUAUUCCAAUUUUGAAUUGAGACAAAAUCUAGCUUGCGUGGUCCUUGAUGAAAUUCAUUUAAUAACUGAUGAAAACAAUGUGCCAAAACCAUCCUAUAAUGGCAGUGCUUCUGUUGUAGAGAGAUUGCAGCCCCUAGAAUAUUAUUUGUAUCAUAGUGUUAGCGAUCAGAAUCCUCAAUGCUAUACUCACACAAGAAUGCAUCCAUUAACAGUUUUAGAUGAAAAAACACUUUCCAAAAAGGCAAGCCUUUCGUUCAUUCCAGACAUGUCCAAAGAUCAAUGCUUGGAAUUGUUGGAAUACUCUCAAUUGGUUACUCAAGAACUGAAUCGACAACACAAUCCUCUUUCAGAAUUUCUUUUUGAAAAUUAUACCUGCUCGCAUGAAAACAUCGCGUUAUUUGACGAGCUUGAGGUGCUGACACUGAAUGGAUAUACUUCAUAUCGGAAAUAUUUGUUGCAAAAAUUGGCAUACCUCCAAGAGCAAGACUUAGAAUUCAUGUCACGUUUACAUAGCAAGUUAUUGAAACCAGUGAUGGAUGCUUUUGAGCGUAUUGACAAUGAUACCGAGUCCUUGUAUGAGUCUAUUCCUCAUCUGUGCAUACAUAUGAAAAAGCACCAAAUGUUGCCAGCAUUAGUUUUCCAUUUCGAUAAGCAUGGUAUUAAGACAAUGAUUUACAAAAUCAUUGACUACUUAAUAAUUACAGGACAAUCUUUAUUGACAUCCGAACAAAAGAGCAAAUUGCAAUCAUAUGUGUCACAUAAGCCUAUUGAGGCUUAUAUUAGAAUUGAAUUUGUUGAUGACAAUCAUUUGACGGGUAUGAUAGAAAUUUUGAAACAGAAUGGAAUUUAUUACAUUCAGCACGCGAAAGAUAAUAGAAGUGAAUCUGUUAGAAAUAUUAUUGAAAUUCCUUUACUCAAAGAAAUUACUACUACCUCAAAUGUACAGCGAGAUGUUAUUGAUUAUCAAGUAGUAUCAAAUUAUCUGAAAGGAUUAAUCACGACAGCUGCUCACACAGAGCAAUCUCAAAAUAAUUGUUCAUAUCGAGAAGAUGUAAAGCGAUUUUAUGAAAAUGAGAUAUUUUCCUGUAAGACUGUUCUACCAAAAGAUGAUGAAGAGUUAUUGGUUUUAGCUUUCAGGUUUGGAUGUGGUAUGCAUCAUAGUUCAGUUGAUCCUCUCAUGUUGCAAGAGGUUGAGAAAUUGUUUCGCAUGAAAUUACUACCUGUCGCAAUAGCAACUGGUACUCUUAGUUAUGGUAAUUCAAUGCCUUGCAAAACAUCAGUAAUCGCUGAUAAUUCCAUGUUUAUGUUAAAAAUAUAUUUCCAACAACUGUCUGGAAGAGCUGGCAGAAGAGGUUUUGAUCCUAAAGGCAACGUCGUUAUCAUGAAUAUGUUACUGGAGAGGGUGAGAAGAUAUUUAACAACAAACUUGCCUAACUUGAAUGGUAGUUUUGGCAACACCAACACGUUUAUAUUGCGUUUAAUUACGUUCUGUAUGUUGAGUGAAUUAAGACUCGAAGAUUCAGAACAAUCUGAACAUGCAUUAGAAGAUGCUGUUAGUGCUUUAACUCAACCUCUUUCUUUAUUCACUCAAGCAACGAAUGUGGAAUCAAAUACUCAGCAUUACCAUUAUACUCGGUUUGCGUUUGAAUUCUUACGACAUUAUGGAUAUAUUUCAAAAAAUGGAUUACCUAUUGGACUGACUGGGCUUGUCUCAAAACUUUUCUACUCUGAGCCUGACAACUUUUUAUUUGUGUAUUUGUUGAGAAAGGGAGUAUUUGACCAUAUUGUGGGAAGCAUUUCAGAAGAUGAUGAAGAGGAUGACCAAAUUAUUCAAGAGAAGGCAAGACAGAUAUUGGAAGUGUUGGCUUAUUUAUUUAACCGUUGCUACAUUCGAAAUAAGAGAGUAUUAACUCCUUUUACUGAAUUUCAAAUUGAAACAAUGGACAAACAACCUCUGAAAAUUUCAGAUUUAUAUAACGAGUUCCAUAAGGACACGUUCAAUCUCUAUUUGGUAUAUUUGAAGAGCUUUAGUCGAUCCAAUAAGAUUACUGAUCUGAUAUUGCCAUAUAGUGGAAUAGAUUUCAGUUCUUCUCAUGGUAUGCAUGGACAUGGGUAUUUCGAACUUAUUUCAAAAUUCAAAUCAACUAGCAGUCAAACGAGUUUCCAAAUUGAUUGCGUAUCUUCAUUUAGCGCCCUAUCAGGAAAUCAUGACGAUCAUUUUACAAAUUUAGAAGAUAUCAAACAACAUAUCAAACAUACCAUUACUGUCAAUGGCACAUUAAUUCCAAUUCCUAAUAUUGUAGACCCAAAUUCGAUAUCCUCUUAUAUUUUAGACUAUUUUGAUCAUGGAGAAUCAUCAAUCUUAGCAAAUGAGAAUGGGUUCAAAUAUAAAAAAGAUGCUGAAGACAACGUUGCAAAUUUUUUAAAGGUUGUCAAAAAGAUAUUAAGUACAUUUAACCAAAAAGUUGACUUCAACAAUCCCGACAUAUUUGUGGAUGGAAAGAUAUACAUCACAGACAAUAAUAACCGAUAUUUGGCACAAGUUAUUGAUAUCAAAAAGGAUACCUAUCGUGUCUGUAUGCUAGAAGGGCCUGAAGCUUAUAGAGAUAGAGAAAUUCAGAAAGAUUAUUGUGAAGCAAUUCCUUUAACCGAAGCCGAGAAGCUUGUGAGAAAAAGAAAUGUCAAAAUGCAACGCGUACUGGAAUUCAUUAAGAAAAGAUUGGGAAAACUAGACAGUGAAGACGAAAAUACUCAAAAAGCACUUAUUUGGGAGAUUGAGGAAAAGUAUAACAAACUUAAGAAUCAAUUAUUUGAUCUGUCUUCGCAGGAUUCAUCACACGAUUUAAAGAUAUCCCUUAAACCCGGCAAGAAACGAGAAGCACUUGACCGUAUUGAACGCACGAAAAUGUUUAUUGAAGAAAGACUAGACAAAACUCUUUCAAAUAAUCCUGAAUGUGAAACGUGCAGCAUACACUUUUUAGAGGCCAUUCGACUCUUAAACAUCCUACACACAAAAAUCAGUAGAUUAUCAUUUGAUUUUGAAGAAGAUCAAACUGAGCAAUUAAUGGAAGCUAUUUCCUCCAUUAAUCUUGAAUUAUCUAACACCAAUAUACGCCUCUACUUGGAUCUAUUAUUCAAUAACAAGGAAAAAUGCUUGGAGCAAAUUCAAUCAUUCAAAACAACAUUUAUGAACAAUUCUGACAACAAUGAAAGCCAAAUUAAUUCUAUUAGUCACAAUUUGGAUAAGAUUGAGGAAAUAAUAUCCAACUUACCAUUUACCGAACAUUUGUCUCAAUACUGCGUACAAGAAAAUCCAUUAUGGUCUCUAAUAAUACUGACCUUAAUAAGGAAAAAGUUGGCUGAAUAUUCAAUCAGCAGUGUAUCUUUCACACUGUCUGACUUAACAGCACUUAGUGACAAAAAGACUGAAAAAUCAUCUGUGACAAAAAUCAUUGAUUCUUUGGAUCUAAAAGAACAUGAAAUUUAUUUGAAAUCUUUGCAUGGAUUGUCUCAAGAAAAUGAAUUAACAUUGAAGAAUAUCGAGAUUUGCAAAUCCCUCCUCAAAUCCUAUCACGGAUGUUUAUUCACAUACAAUUAUUAUUUCAUUAAGAAUCUCGCAAAAUUUCAGCGCUAUUUACAUCAAAACUACGGAUUAGCAAUUGAUAACGGACGGAUUGACAAUUUUCAAGAUUGCUUUUGCGACAUUUAUAAGAUUAUCGGAGAAAACUAUGACAAUCUUUCUGUAUAUUUAAACCCCAUUAUCUCUUCUCAGACCUCACCCAACAACCGAAGAGCAUUACUGAUGCAAGUAUAUAGCGAGUUUUACAACACACAAAUUUUGGUUAAAUAUUUCGAAAAACGAAAGGACGACUAUUUAUUGGUGCACGAAGAAGAGUUGUCUCCUUCAAAACAAAUCACACAACACAAAGUGAUGAUCGCAAAACAUGUUGAAAUUGUUCAUGUCAGCAUUCCCAAUAAUAGUGACAAGCUCGAGCAAAGAAUUAUGGAGGAUAUUCCAAACGAUCGAGAAUUUGGAUUUUUUCUCAAAACCAAAAAAGAUCCAAGACAGCUUGAAAGGAAAUUGAACUCCAACAACAUUCCCUAUUCCAAACGGGGAUCAAAGACAAGUCGGAGAUACAUCUUCACAAGCAAAAAAGUUCUCAAAGAAGUUGUUGAACGAUUUUCACAUCUCGUCUACAGGCUGUGUUAUGAGAAAGAUCAUUAUUACAGGCUCAAAGAACCAGUCGCCCAUCAGAUUUGA